AUGAAUAACCUAAAUAAUAAUAAUAAUAAUAACAAAAAACCAACAGCAAAAGGCCAGCAGGGGAAACCUAUGCUGGCUGAUUGCAAACAGUCAACUGUCCAACCUUCUGGUGACAGUUUGACUAAAAGCAGCGAGGUAGCCUUGGACUUUAAGCCAAGCACCUCAAAAGCUGCAUUAGCCCUCGCUGGUAAUACACCAGCAACAGCCCCUGCAUUGGACACUGUCGAGAAGACAGUUGUCCCUGCGAAAAUGCUACAGGUUGGACCGUCGAACCAGAAGUCGGGUCCAACCACCGUAGCCCCACCCGCCACUACGGCAGAACCGAACGCCCCCAUUCGCAAAGAACCAUCCAGGAGGGCUUUCGUGCAAAGGCGUGCCGCCAUGCGCAUUAUCGACCGGCUUGGAUCCAAGUCGGCCGAUGCGCUUAACAUCGACGAAUUGUCGAAACUAAGUUGGGCUAAGGCCCAACUGGCUGAGCUGGACAGCUCAAACCCUCCUCCAAGCGCAGAUGCAGCGAACCAAGGCGCAUCUGCUGGGCCCAAGCGGCAACGCUCAGAGGAGGAGCUGCUCCAGCAGCAAAACCCACAGCCGAAGACUAAACGUCCGAAGCAAGAGGCUCGUGUGAUAAGAAGGCAGCCGAAGACUAAACGUCCGAAGACUAAACGUCCGAAGCAAGAGGCUCGUGUGAUAAGAAGGCCUUACAGUGAAGUUGCUCGCAAUCCACUUGUAAGGGCUAUUAUCGACAGGAGUGUUGAUGACGGAGCUAUCUCCCAGGAGAAAUGGCUGAAAAUCCGUCAGGGUAUGCUGGGGGUAUACUGGAAGAUUCUCAAGGAGAAUCCCGGUCCAUCCCCGCAAAACGACGAUGCUGGCUGGUAUCAAGGCCAUGUAAAACUGCUAGCGUGUACCAAUGACCGCUCAGCUCUACUGCUAAAAUUAGCAAUUGCGUCCCUAGGGGAAUUGUGGCCUGGCGCGAAACUGGACGUGAUCCCGGUAAACGAGAUACCUCGUAGACCGAGAUCAGUCACAGUUAUUCCGGCGGAACCACAUGAACCUGAGGAGAUUCUGGCAUACAUUCAGAGCGGUAAUCCCGAUCUACCAACCCAUAACUGGAAGGUGGUUAAGGUUUCCGCUCCUGAAGGUGCGCAUAGAAAGGUGGUCGUAGUCCUUAACAAGGAAUCCUUGGCGCCACUACGUGAGAGGCAAAGCAAGAUUUACUAUGGUUUCGAUAGUAUCAAGCUGCGCAUCUACCGUGGUGACGACAAGCUCGACCCCGAAACUUCUGGUGUUAAACUGGAAGCUCCGCAGGAUAUGGACUGCAAAAUUAAACUGGAUGACCCCGCAAGCUCUGAGGACAAAAUGGAGACCCAAUCACACUCCAGUAUGGUUGGGGACCUAUUCUGCGCUCUGGGUGAUGUGGAGGAUGAAGAUGUUCUUCUGGAAUCAGACCCAGAAGACAUCGACGUUACGGUCAUAUAUGAUCCAGACCAUGGUGAAGGCGAUCCAAGUGAACCUUCACCACUCUAAGGCAGCUUCGGCUGCCCUGCUCCUCCACAUUGCUAGAUAUGGGGAGGACAUUGCGUUGGUCCAGGAGCCGUGGAUACACAAUGGCGAAAUUCGUGGACUCAACGCCAAAAAGUACAAACUUUUGUACAUAAGACGCACAGCGAUGAAGAUACAGUAGCUGCUGCUUGGGAGACAGGUGCAGGUAAGGUGUGGCUGCUCUCGAGCUAUAUGGCGCACGACCAGGUUGAACCACCACCGAAUAACCUGGUAUCUAAUAUGAUGCGUGCCGCAAACAGGGCCAGAACUCCGGUAAUUAUCGGAGCUGAUGCAAAUGCUCACCACACAAUCUGGGGUAGCUCAGAUAUAAACGAAC